ACGGAAACCGAUCAAGAAGUCAGAUCCAAAUGGAUUUGUUAUCUGGAAUUUAAUUAUAACAAAGAGGCGAUCCAUCAGAUGAAGUGGUCUCAAGUGGACAUUCAGAUGAAACACACAAAAGUGUUGACAGAACUCAUCAAAUCGGGUAUUAGUCCGUCGCUGAGACCUCCGAUAUGGAUGCGGGCGUCAAAAGGGUUGACACUGAAGGUGAACAGCAACUGGACGUAUAGCCAACUCUGCGAUCUCUCUAAUCACGUGCCCUCUCUGUCUGACAAACAAAUAUCUCGAGUCCUUCCGACGAACGCCUGCUUUAUGUCCAGCACUUCGGUCGGAAUCGGAAGACUUCGAAGAAUAUUACGUGUCAUCAAAUGGUUGCAAAAGAACGGGACAACCGUUUAUAAUAUGAGCCGCGAAUCCGUGAAUCUGUCGGUUAUCGCCGCUUAUCUGCUGUUGGUUUGCGAAGAAGAGGACGCUUUUUGGUUAACGCUAUCCAUUGCUAACGAACUGAAAUCAUUCAGCCAUCAGAAGACACUGACGACUCUCAUCGGCACUCAUUGCCCACAAAUCGAUGAAAUAUUAAGACAACACGACAUCGAAUUGAGUUUAAUUACUUCCCAUUGGUUUUCCGCACUCUUCGCCGCAUUUAUUCCCGAAACGCGAACUCUUCUCCAUUUAUGGGACCUUUACUUCUACUUCGGAUCAAUUGUUUUGUUUCAAAUAACAUUAGGUCUUCUCGUUUGUCACAAUCAUAGCAUUUGUGAAGAUAAGGAUUCGGCGAAUGUCUUCAAUUCGCUGUCAGAUUUGCCCUCAAAUAUCAAAGACUUGUCGUCUUUAUUACUGAUUUGGAGUACAGGAGAGAAGUUUAUUCAAUACUUAAACCCGAGUCCAACGCAAUCACAGAUUUCCGACAAUUCUUCCAUACAUUCCUCUUCACUAUCGUUGCCAUCAUUUAAUGCCGAAACAUAUGACACGGACUUAAAGACUAAGAAUAUAAGACAGACUUCCAUUAUAGUAGAACUGCACGAAGCGAUCGAAGCGAUUGGUCGUCACUUUGAGGUUCACGAGCCGUCUUUCCAUUCAAACCUGAUUCCCGACUAUUCAGUGGUCGACAACAAUGAAGACGACGAGGAAUACAAUCAAAGAAAACAACGAAUGCGACAGAAAAGGGCGAAAGCGUUGAUUGAUUUCCAAAGACACGAUUCCGACGAAUUGGGUUUCAGGAAGAAUGAUAUCAUAACUAUAGUGAGCGAAAGGGAUGAGCACUGUUGGGUCGGUGAGUUGAAUGGCCUCAGGGGUUGGUUUCCCGCAAAGUUUGUCGAAAUAUUAGACGAACGGAACCGCGACUACAGUAUUGCGGGCGACGAUCGGGUCAUACCAUUCAUCAAUGACUUAAUUCGCGGUCGACUUUAUAACGCCAUCAAAACAAUACUGACGUAUGGCAUGAAGAAGACACUCUUCGUGACCACUCAUCCCUGGAUUAUAAUCGAAACCAUUUCCAAGGCUUGCGCUGAAAGUGACUUCAAUUCGGUUUACUCUCGAUUAGUAUUGACGCGAACUUUUCGUUUGGACGAAUUCGCCAGAGUAUUGACGCCAUCGGAACUGCUCUACAGAAGUAUUGCACACAUAAACCACACCCACGAGAACGAGGCGAUGGACGUUAAACUUCGCUCUCUGUUAUGCAUCGCUUUAAAUCAGAAUAUUCUUCACGAAUGGUUUGCCGUUAUCUGUGCCAAUCAGCCGCACAUUAUCUCCAAAUGGUAUCACAAUUGGAGUUUUGUCAACAGUCCUGUUUGGAAAAUGAUUAAGUCUGAGCUCAGUUGGGUCGGUGAGUUGAAUGGCCUCAGGGGUUGGUUUCCCGCAAAGUUUGUCGAAAUAUUAGACGAACGGAACCGCGACUACAGUAUUGCGGGCGACGAUCGGGUCAUACCAUUCAUCAAUGACUUGAUUCGCGGUCGACUUUAUAACGCCAUCAAAACAAUACUGACGUACGGCAUGAAGAAGACACUCUUCGUGACCACUCAUCCCUGGAUUAUAAUCGAAACCAUUUCCAAGGCUUGCGCUGAAAGUGACUUCAAUUCGGUUUACUCUCGAUUAGUAUUGACCCGAACUUUUCGUUUGGACGAAUUCGCCAGAGUAUUGACGCCAUCGGAACUGCUCUACAGAAGUAUUGCACACAUAAACCACACCCACGAGAACGAGGCGAUGGACGUUAAACUUCGCUCUCUAUUAUGCAUCGCUUUAAAUCAGAAUAUUCUUCACGAAUGGUUUGCCGUUAUCUGUGCCAAUCAGCCGCACAUUAUCUCCAAAUGGUAUCACAACUGGAGUUUUGUGAACAGUCCUGUUUGGAAAAUGAUUAAGUCUGAGCUCAGAUUAUUAACUCAGUUCUCGUUUAAUUUGAAUCCCAACUCAGAACUGGCGGAAAGUAUUCAACCCAAGAGUCCCGUCUCGAAGGAUGGCGUAAGAGAUAUGUUAGUAAAGCAUCACUUGUUUUCGUGGGAUAUUUAAGACAUCAAUAAAUCAUUCCUCAAGUUUUCUAAAUAUACUGAAACCGCAAGAAUUGUAUUGUUUAGCGCAGUCUUUGCCCUCUUUUCCAUACGACUGAGCGUUCAUAUAGUGGUCGAGAAGUCCUUCUUCGUCAUAAGAUCUCGAGACCGUUAAUAUGUGUUCCAACACCUCAUGUAAUGGCGAUUCUAUAAGCAUUGGAGUGUUGGCUAAUUCACAGAUCGCUCUGUAAAUGCAAUUCCGGCCAUCGAUUCCAUACCUUGUGUUGAAAAUUGUUGUUUAAGAUUAAAAAAGAAAAAGUUAUCGACAAUUGUGUGGACAAACCUGUCGAGAGUCUCAGCGAUUGAGUUGAAGAGAUCAUAUCUAUGCUGUGCAGAAGCGGCGCCUAUACUUCGUUUCAUAGCCUGAUGUGUAUAAUAAGGCGAACCACCGGAUGAGCCGUAAUAUGAAUCAUAACUAUAAUAAUUAGGCAUAAAUGAGGGGAAAUUGAGCGGAACUGCCGGCGCUUCUGGCACUACAAUGUAUGGCAUUGUUAUCGGAUUGAACAAAAGGGUGUCGUUUAACAUAGUUAUCGAUAAUGGAAACGACAGAUCCAUCUGGACGUCGACACCACCCAAACUCGGCACUGGAAUCGAUAAGUCGAUGUCAAACGAAAUCUUGGAGUUCUUUGUGAAGACAAAUCGUCGGACUCUAUGAUGAGCUGAUGGCUCGUCGGCACAGAUCUCAGCCGUUAUCAAUAUAACGGACACUAUUGUGAUCCAAACACUUCUUGACUUUGGUUUCAUUUUAUUUGCAAAAACUUAGAGUCAGACUAACGUCUAAGUCAUGCAAGCCUUCAACAAAUGUCUGUUAAGUUGUUUCUCAAAAGACUAUUUAGAAGUCUUUGCGACAAAAUAUUAUUAUUAUUUUUGAAUACAAAUGAAUGACAAAGCGAUACGCGAUAUAUUGGUAAUGAUUUUGGCAUAAAUUAAAUUUAAAUACACUUCCCAUCAGUGAUGAGACAGCACUGCAUUCACAGCAUCCGAUGCUUUGGACUUAGGUGUCAGUAAAAAUGCAAUUGUCAUCCGCAGUGACCCUCAAAGCCGUCUCAUUAUUAUCAAAAAACACUAUAAAUACAUAUAAACUAAUGAACAAAAUAUUUAUUUAAAUAAAUUUACAAAACAGUUCUCAUUCAAAA